GCUCUGUUAUCUACCCAAUUUAAGAAAGAUAUGUCACUGCCAACUCCCAACCUACUCUUUUGGAAAACUAAAACAUCUUGCAAUAUAUGAUUGUGAUAGAAUGGAAGAAGUUAUUUAGAAGGAAAAAGGAGAAGAUGAUUCAACAAACAAGAUGGAGUUUCCAGCGUUAGAAUCCAUGACUUUGUGGGGUCUACCAAUGCUCAUUGGUUUUUGCAGAGGGACUGACGAGAUUGAGUUCUCUCAAUUGAAGAAAUUGUGUCUACAGAAACUACCACAACUCAAGUGGCUCUUCCUCAAUAGCAGUUAUCCGUUUUCAGAGUCAAUGGAAAACCACAAUACUACCUUCCGAUCUCUUUUCCCCCACAAGGUUGCAUUACCUAGCUUGGAGGAGCUAGAACUCAAUGAUCUUGACAAUCUGGAAGGGCUGGAACACAUUCCAAUCUCAGUGGGUUCCUUUUCUAAACUAAGAAGAGUACAUGUAGAACACUGUGGCAAAUUACUCUAUGUUUUUCCAUCACAAUUUCUUACGAGGCUGCAAAAUCUUGAAGAUCUAACUGUAGAAAAUUGCAGUUUACUAGAGGUGUUUGAAUUGGAAAUGGUGGACUGUAAGGAACAAGAAUUAGAGAUGCUCUUGCUCUUGAAAUCUCUAAAAUUAAAACAUCUACCCCAACUGGGUCAUAUUUCAAAGAGAGAUCCCAUUGGAUUUACGUACAUUUCACAAUUAAGUAUUCUACAUGUUCAUGACUGUAAUAACUUGAGAUAUCUAUUCCCACAUUACAUGAUGAAGUGUAUGUUACAACUCCAAGAACUGGACAUAUGGAGAUGUAAAAUGAUGUCAAGGAUUGUUGCAGAUGAGAAAGGGCAGGGCAAAAGCUCGGUGGAUAAAAUCGAGUUCACUCAAUUGAAAGUUCUGCGUCUUUAUGAUCUGCAAAACCUUGUGAGCAUCUUCCCGAAAGUGACUACUACUGUGGCGACAUCAUUUGAACACAUCCAAAACCCGAGACAAAGUCUCUUCAAUGAAAAGGUUGCAUUCCCUAGCUUGGAGAAAUUGGUACUCCGUGGAUUCCAGAACAUGAACGAAAUAUGGUGCAAUGAACUUCAGACUGGCUCGUUCAACAAACUAAUUAAACUGUAUUCUAAGAGUAGUAAUGACAAGAAUUUAGACGGUAUAGCAUUGUAG